AUGGUUUUAGUAAUUAAUGAACAAAUUUAUUCUAAUACAUGUUCACUAGAAAAUCUAGCACAACAUAAAGAUUUAAUUCAUUCUUCUUGUGAAUUUGCUAAAACAAAUGAAUAUAAACAAUCUGUAGAAGAUAUAUCAAAAACUAUUUAUGUUCAUCAACGUGAAUUUGCUGUAUUAGCAAAAAAUGAUCCAAAUGGAUUUUAUUUAAUUGGAAGUGAUGAUGCAACAACAUGUCAUAUACUUGUAUUAGAUAAUCAAUACGCUGUUGGAUUAAUGCAUUUAGAUGGUGGAGAUACGAGUCAAAGUAUCGAACUUAUGUUACAAGAAAUGAAACAGUAUGCACCUGAAAAUGUGAAUUAUGAUGUUUAUCUUGUUGGUGGUUUUCUUGAUAGUUCCGAUCGGCAAUAUUCUCUUAAAUUAAGCAAUGAAGUUCUCAAUCUAUUUUCUAAAAUGCCAAAUAUUUCAUUUUAUCUUAAACUUGCCGCUAUAACACCAUAUAAUGAUCAUAUUAUUAAUAAUAUUCAUUAUCCAUUAAUAUAUGGUAUUUGUUUUAAUGUCAAUACAAAAUCUAUAUGUAAAAUGAAUUUUAUUGAUUAUGGACCAGCAUUUCGUUUACGUUCAGUUUAUGUUUCAGUUGAUAAUCAUAUUGCAUGGUGUAUUUAUUCAUCAUUGAAAGGAAAUGUGACACUUAAAGAAUUUUUUAUAGAUAGAAAUCUUAUUCGACGUUAUUAUCAACCUUUAUAUAUGUAUUAUUUUUCUGAUGAUCAAAAAAUACUUUCUAUGACAUCAACAUCACCUGAACAAGAACGUUCAUCAUAUUUAUUACAUAUGAAAAAAACUAUUGUAUAUAUUUUGAAAUAUUCAAAAGAAAUAUCUGAAUGGUUUGAUAAACAAACACAUUCAAUUGUUUAUUAUCGAUUAAAUGAUAAAUGGAUAACUGAUAAUAAAAAUAUUAUUGAAGAUAUUGAAAUUUAA